UCUCUACAAUACCUCGCUGUCUCUGUCUACUCUCCCCUCACCAACUCCUCUUCUCUCUCUUAGGGUUUACUAUACUACUCUUUUGAGACAAGACCAAGACCAAACAAGAAGCAGGAGAAGAAAAGCAUUUACAGUAUCAUCAUAAUCAAAGGGGGUUAUAUAUAUGCUAUGGAGAACCCAAAAGCAUCGCCGAGCUUCAGAAGUUUGCCUUAUGCCUCGAAACAGUCACUUCGUCCUCCUAAAAGUCCAUUCCCAAGCAUUUCCCCAGCGUAUGUUGAUUAUGGAUCUACUCCUGCAAUAGGAUCUAAAGGACUUCCAAAACCGAAAGAUGGAUAUAGGAGUCACCAGCGUACUACCUCUGAGAGCUUCCUUGUAGAGGAACAACCUUCAUGGCUUGAUGAACUUCUUGAUGAGCCUGCCACACCUGUGAGAAGAGGAGGUCACAGGCGCGCAUCAAGUGAUUCUUUUGCAUACUUUGAUGCUGCUGCUGCUGCUUCAAGCUUAGAUAGAUUUAUUCAGGACGAAUAUAAGUCUAGAAAUAGUUCCACAUUAUCUUCAUGGGGAUCUCAAGGCUUUGAUCAGUAUAAAGAUGCACAGAAUAAUUCUUUCUAUCAGGGCCCAAAUUCUUUUGGAAGAAAGACAAAUAGAGCUUGGGAGUCACCUCUGAAUACUCUGACCUACCCCAAAGGUGUUCCACUUGCAAGGGAUAAUUUCAGACUUCAAAGCUCUGGAUCAAUAGGUUUUUCACAAGAAAUAGAUGGGAUUCCACCUGCUUCUUUUGAUAAGCUAGAUCAAGAUCAAUCUAAUUCAGUUAAUGUUGAUGGUUCUUCUGAAAUUAGAGACUCCACUUAUGCUAAGCCAUCUGCAUCAGACUCAGAUCCAAAACGUGCUAAACAGCAAUUUGCACAGCGUUCACGGGUACGAAAACUUCAAUACAUUGCCGAGCUGGAAAGAAAUGUUCAAGCAUUACAGGCAGAAGGAUCAGAAGUUUCAUCGGAGAUUAAAUUUUUGGACCAGCAGCACCUUAUAUUGACUAUGGAGAACAAAGCCUUGAAGCAACGGUUGGACAGUUUAGCCCAGGAGCAACUCAUUAAGUAUUUGGAGCAGGAGGUGUUAGAGAGAGAGAUUGCGAGGCUUCGAGCAUUGUAUCAGCAACAACAGAUGCCAACUCCACCCUCUUCUACUCUUCGACGUACCAAUAGUAGAGACCUAGAGUUGCAAUUUGCAAAUCUUGGUCUAAAGCACAGGGAAGCCAGUUCGGGCCAAGAUCAAGUUAGUGGUCAACUGCGCAUCUAAAUAUUAGAUUAGUAAGCUCUGUGACAUAUUUUGUUUCGCACCCCUGCAAGUUGGUGUAUGUAGAAGUGUGGUGUUUUCUUGAAGUGGGAAGCGACCAAGUAGUACACCCUCUGAUUCUUGUCAUCCACAACUGAGGUGAUUUAUCUCUUGAUCCGCCCCUCAUUAUGUUCGAAAUAUCUCAAAUGCGCACCUGGAGGUCAUUGCUGGAGAAGUUCUUCCUAGCUGGUGACUCAUUUGAGGUGAUUACUGAUUAGUUUUGAUGUGUAUUUUCCCUCUUUCUUUCUUUCUUUCUUUCUUUCUUUCUCUCUCGCUCUCUUUCUCUUCGUCUAUUUGUAAAGAGAUGUGAUUCUAAUGCUUAAAUUCAGUAGCUCUCAUUUUAAUUCAUGUGCUCCAAUUGGGCUUUGUAAUCAAGUUUAGUUGCCAUGAACUGCUUUGACGCCAACGAUAUUGGAGUUCUUUUUUUCUUUUUUCUUUUUAUCCCGGACACGGGCAGAGGGUUCUGAUUAAUGUACACCUAGACAGUGUAACUUGUAAAGUGAGUGUAUUGAUUGAGAAUGAACCCUUACUGAGAUUAGUUCA